AUGAACAAUGUAACUUUGUCCUAUUUGAUUGGUCUCACUGUUCCCUUUCUUUUCGAAACAAGGUCAAGCUUGCUCGAUUUGACUAUGCGAGAUGAUAGGCUGAAAGCACAAGAUGACUCAAUCGUUGCGAGGGGAAACUCCUCACGCGACCCCUCGUUUCUUCUUUUAUUACCUUUGAUCUCAUCUACAACUCAUAUGCAUUGA